GGCGGGGCGCGAACCCGCAGCCCGCGCGGCCGCUCAACUUCGCUGGGCCCAGGCAGCAGGCGCGCGGUGGCCGAGCGUCUUUGCCUCCGCCGCAACCGGUGGCUACGGCCUCCCCGGCGCUGCGGAUCGAGAGGCGCCGCCGCCCGACCCCCCACGCGGACCCGUGGUCAGCGUCCCGAGGCCACUCGACAGGUCCGUGACCGUUUCGAUUUCUGUUCCCGAGUCUUGUUUUGUUCGCCGUAAAGACGACUGGAGGGACUAGCCGAGCGUCCUGCGAAGCAAGGCCUGCUCUUUGCGGAGCAGAAAAGCCUUGUGAGACGAGAAAUAAAUUCCCGCGGAAAGGAUGGACGUCGUGUUAAGUUUUUCCCAAGACGCCAGCUGUUCGCCUGGGGUCUCGCACUAAACUGUCAAGCCCAGGUCACCCCUAGAGCUUGCUGUGCGCCCAGAGUGGGCUGGGACGCUUCUGUCUCCAGUAGGGCUUUUUUACUUGGUGGGAGCUCUUCCUCGCGGGUCACUCAAAGCCGUUAAUGACCACAGUGGUGUCUGAUUCUGGGACCAGCUCUUGGAUUUCUAAGGAUCAGAAUUUGCUGAGCAUCCUCAUUGUUACCACUUUGGUUUCAGUUGUUAUUCAAGCUCAUUUGUCUGUUUCCUGUCUUCUACCCUUGUCCUGUACCAUCUGUUGCUGAUACAGCAGGACUCCAGUAAUAGAUCCUUGGAUGCCCACUGAACAGAAACUUGAAACCUCAGAUCAUCGUCCUAUCGUAGCAGAGCCCCAACCUAUCCUUGGCCUGGGGAGGAGCCAGCCCAUAUGCUGUGGAGAUGAACGGGGAGCAGCAGCUGGAUGCAGAUCCUGUGCCUGGUGUAGAAGUAGAAGAAUUCAGCUGGGAGGAUUAUCUAGACGAGACAGGCUCCACCACAGUUCCCUAUGCAUCGUUUAAACAUGUGGACAUACGUUUGCAAAAUGGCUUUGCUCCUGGGAUGAAGCUUGAGGUAGCUGUGAAAAAAGAUCCCGAAACUUACUGGGUUGCUACCAUCAUUACUGCCUGUGAGCAGUUACUCCUACUCCGUUAUGAAGGCUAUGGUGAAGACCGGAAAGCAGACUUCUGGUGUGAUAUCAGGAAAGCUGGCCUCUAUCCCCUUGGGUGGUGUGAGCAGAAUAAGAAGACCCUUGAAGUUCCAGAAGGCAUCCGACAUAAGGUGUCUGACUGGGGUGCCUUUCUACAGCAGACCCUGAGAGGAGCCUGCGGUCCUCCUGUGUCUUUGCUAGAGGGCCUCCGUAAUGGAAGGAAUCCUUUAGAUCUCAUUGCUCCUGGGUCCAGACUAGAAUGCCAAGCUUUUCGAGACUCCUUAAGCACUUGGAUUGUUACUGUCGUGGAGAACAUUGGGGGACGGCUGAGGCUGCGCUAUGAAGGACUUGGAAGUUCUGACAAGUUUGAACACUGGUUGUACUACUUAGAUCCGUUUCUUCAUCACAUUGGUUGGGCUGCUCAGCAAGGAUAUGAACUUCAGCCCCCGUCAGAAAUCAGGCAUCUGAAAAAUGAAGCUGAUUGGCAAGAGAUUCUGGCCAAAGUAAAAGAGGAGGAGGAAGAGCCAUUACCUUCUUAUUUAUUUAAGGAUAAGCAAGUUAUUGGAACCCAUGAAUUUUCUGUAAAUAUGAAAUUGGAAGCUGUGGACCCAUGGUCUCCUUUUGGGAUUUCUCCUGCUACAAUUGCUAAGGUUUUUGAUGAUAAGUACUUUCUGGUGGAAAUGGAUGAUCUUCGAUCAGAAGACCAUACAAGGCGGUCAUUUGUGUGCCAUGCUAACAGUCCUGGUAUCUUUCCUGUGCAGUGGAGUCUAAAGAAUGGUUUACACAUCAACCCUCCUCCAGGCUUCCGGAGCCAGGACUUUGACUGGGCUGACUACCUCAAACAGUGUGGUGCUGAAGCUGCCCCCCAGAAGUGCUUCCCUCCGUCAAUUUCUGAUCACCAGUUUAAGAAGAACAUGAAACUGGAGGCCGUGAACCCUCUCCUCCCUGAAGAAGUGUGCAUUGCCACCAUCACUGCAGUGAGAGGCUCCUACCUGUGGCUCCAGCUGGACGGUUCUAAGAAACCUAUACCUGAAUUCAUUGUAAGUGUGGAGUCGAUGGAUAUAUUUCCUUUGGGCUGGUGUGAAACCAAUGGCCAUGCUCUCAGUACUCCUCGCCGGGCACGAGUGCAUAAACAGCGGAAAAUUGCAGUGGUUCAACCAGAAAAACAAAUACUCUCUUCAAGAACUGUCCAUGAGGGCCUGAAGAAUCAGCUGAACUCCACACACUCAGUGAUGAUCAAUGGCAAAUAUUGUUGUCCAAAGAUAUAUUUCAACCACCGCUGCUUCUCAGGGCCGUAUCUUAACAAAGGAAGAAUUGCUGAGCUGCCGCAGUGUGUAGGACCUGGGAACUGUGUACUGGUACUUAGAGAGGUCCUCACUUUACUUAUCAAUGCAGCCUACAAACCCAGUCGUGUCCUUCGUGAGCUCCAGCUGGACAAAGAUUCUGUGUGGCAUGGAUGUGGGGAAGUCCUAAAAGCCAAAUAUAAAGGGAAGAGUUAUCGAGCUACUGUUGAGAUAGUGAAGACAGCAGAUCGAGUGCCUGAGUUCUGCCGACAAACAUGUAUCAAAUUGGAAUGUUGUCCUAACCUUUUUGGUCCACGGAUGGUUCUGGAUACAUGUUCUGAAAACUGCUCCGUUCUUACAAAGACUAAAUACACACACUAUUAUGGAAAGAAGAAAAAUAAAAGAAUUGGGAGGCCACCUGGUGGUCAUAGUAAUUUAGCUUGUGCCCUGAAAAAAGCCAGUAAGAAGAGAAAAAGGCGGAAAAAUAUUUUUGUUCAUAAGAAGAAACGGGCUUCUGCAUCUGUUGACAAUACCCCAGUGGGCUCACCCCAGGGAAGUGGGGGAGAAGAUGAGGAUGAUGCAGAUGAUGGAGAUGAUGAGUCCUUAAGUGAGGGCAGCACAUCUGAACAACAGGACGAGUUACAGGAAGAAUCCGAAACGUCAGAAAAAAAAUCAAGCUCAUCUUCUCCCACCCAGAGUGAGAUGUCCGCUCCACUGCCCCCAGACACACAGACGAGUAAAAAAGAACCCAACACUCUUUUAUUCUCAGAUGAGGAAAAUAAGCCUCCUUCACCAAAGGAAAUAAGGAUUGAAGUUGAUGAAAGGCUUCACCUGGACAGUAACCCACUGAAGUGGAGUGUGGCAGAUGUUGUGCGGUUCAUCAGAUCCACUGACUGUGCGCCACUGGCAAGAAUAUUCCUGGACCAGGAAAUCGAUGGGCAGGCCCUUUUGCUCCUUACCCUUCCCACCGUUCAAGAGUGCAUGGACUUGAAGUUGGGCCCUGCCAUCAAGCUUUGCCAUCACAUAGAGAGGAUCAAGUUUGCUUUUUAUGAGCAGUUUGCCAACUGAGGACAAGCAGGGGGAGCCGGGUCUUUGAAGCACAGUUCAGUAAACCGUUUGCCCUGCUCUCCAGGUGGCUGCAGUCGUCCUGGGGCUGUGGGCCCUGCAAAUGUUGGCUAGCUUUCUUUGCACUUUCAGGGAAGGAGGACAUGCACUGAGGAAGCGCAAGCAGCACAAAAAUGGCUCUCCAAAUACGACUUCUGCUCGGAAGAUUGCAGUUUCCAAAAGUUGUGAGAAAACAACCUUAAAACUGUGGAUUCCCAUGAAUGGAAAAACAGUGAUCUGGGCAGCACCUGUUUGGUUCUCUCCGUUCUGUCCCUUCCCACUGUAGACUGAACUUUGUUCUUGAAGAGAGAGGACACAGCUUUAAGUCAGCACUGACUUGGGACUGUGCCUAAGGCACAUCAGUGCUUCAUUGUCAUUGUGUUUUUAAGCUUUCUUUUUUUUAAAUUAAAGCAGUUCAUUUUGGGGAUAAUUAUACGGCUCUAGGGUUUUGAAUGUAUAGUUACACGUUGAUCCAUUUUAAAAUCUAUUCAUAGGAGUUUCUUUGUUUACUACCUCUGUUGAUGACUGCGCUUAUAGCCAUGAGUGACAUUUUUUGUAUGAUGCCAUUUUUAAGCUGAAUGCUGAAACUAUGACAGAAGUUAGAGAAGGCCCUGUCUGCUUUCUUAACCAUAUCACGUGGCACUUACACUAGUCCCUUAACCAGUUUCUCCUCAGAAUUCUACUGUUACGUCCUUCAUCUUUACCCAGUUUUGGCCACCAUUGUUAAGCGGCCUCACAAAGACUAAUGUCUGGUGUUUCAGUUUUGAAAGAUACUUAAGUGGCUUUUAUUUAUGUUUAUUUUUCUCUAGAGUUUUUGACUACCUCUGUUUCAUCUCUGGAGUCUCUGCUUUCACUGACAAUCAGUGGUGUCCUUUGGCUCCACUGUAAAGCCCAUUUUCCCGGUCUUCUAGGUGUGUCCAGGAAGAAGCACAGGAGAGAAACUCUGGCUUUGGGGAUUGCACAAAGUAUGGAGUUUCUUAGUAGCGUCCUUGGUUAUGAGUAUUGAGGAGUCUCUGACAAUGCCACCCCAAAUGUCCCAGAUCUUGCUUCAUCUGGAAAGCCAAUCAGAGCUGGUUGGUACUUGGAUGGGAGAGGUAGUGGAGGAGUCUGGACCUCUGUAGCCAUGCUUAUACCUGUCUCCAGUCACACCAGUUUAAAUUGAAUGUAAUUUACAUUCUGAGAAAUCCCAUUCAGUAGCUCAGUGUUUGAAUUUUUUUUUCAAUUAAACUCAAGUUGACAUGAAAUUCCAGGUGAAUUUUCACUUUUAAUGACAUUGUUAGCUAUUAUAGAAAAUAGCACUUGCUAUGUUGUAGCCAUGAGUAAGGAAAGACAUACUGCACAGGUUGCCUCCUUUAAAUGUUUUCCUUGUUGAUUAUUUAUUUAUUUAUUUAUUUAUUUUUUUGGUUACUUUGAUCUCUACAGAUUUAUACCCUAAGCAUUUUUUUCCUCAAGAAUUGAAAAUGUUUUAAAAUUGCAAACCGAGUAAAUUCUGAACAACUAUAUAAAUUGCAAAUAUAAGGUAAUAUUACAAAUUUAAAUUGUGAAUUUUUUUUUUCUUUUCUCACCUCAACCCCCACCUGUUUUUAUGAACACUGGGAAAGUCUGUAGUCUGGAUCCUGUUCUUCAUUGGAUAACUCUUGACCUGACAGCCAAGUCUUAAAACAGUGACUAUUCACAUCGUCACCAUCAGGCAUAUCUGGAAGAAGCUUCAUCUAAGUAACAGCUCACUGUCUGAGCUCACUUAGAAAUCCAGCUUUUAAAAAAUAACUGGAGUUCUCAUGCCACUGGAGAGAAACGUACUUGAUAGUAGUAAUAAAUAGCUGGUAUUGGCAGGUUGAUUUGGGGUGGCUGUCUUCAUAGAAUUUCCCAAGACCUCAGCAGUUAAGUCAAUACAAGAGGGGGUCUCAUGAGGACCUAAACAUAUACCUGUAGAAUUUCACAUUGCUGUAGUAAGAGGAGGGGUGACAGCAAUGACAGUGCCAUUAUGUCGUUCUUGAACUCAAAGAUCACAGAAUGUAGAAUGAUCAGAGAUGACAGGCCCUAAGUAGUCCCGAGUGGGCAGGGGUGGGGCACAAUGGUCUUGUCUGCCUGUACCAUCAUUAGUUUCUGCUUUCUCCUGUAGGAAGGCCAGUCAUAAAUUAGGCGAGUAGGAGAGCACACUUGCUGGGACACCGCAUGCUCUUGUCUGCCCCAUCCCUCCUCCCAGGUGUCACACAUAAGAGGAUCGUAUGAGAAUUCCGCAAAAAACUUUUUUAAAGUAUAAAAUCCUAAUCCCAGAUUGGGUAUGGUGAUACAUACCUCUAGUAUAAAAUCCUAAUCCCAGAUUGGGUAUGGUGAUACAUACCUCUAGUAUAAAAUCCUAAUCCCAGAUUGGGUAUGGUGAUACAUACCUCUAGUCCCAGCACUUGGGAAGUGGAAAUGAGGAUCAGAAGUUUAAGAUCAUCCUCAGCUACAUAGUGAGUUCUGGGCUAGCCUGGACUAUAUGGGACCCUGUUUCAUUCUGCUUUUGUUUUGUUUCCCAUUUAUCUAACAAAGAUGCUGGGGUUAGGUUGGGUAGGAGUGAUGUUCAGUUAUGAUCAUUCUGAGAUCCUUAAGGUGGUAAUACCUUGCAUUGUUGGGGAAGGGGUUUGUAUUUUGGACAUGUGUAUGUAAAGUCUGUUUCUGAGAAAGCCAACCUCAUAAAUUUAUUAGAGGUGUGUUUUCUAGAGUUUCCCUGCACUUGUUCCCACAGCUUGCCUACUGUCAAGUUUUUUGUGAUCUAUGUUUAACCUGGGUUGACAAACUUACAAACACAUGGAAGGCCUCUUCUCCUAGACCUGAGAAGUUAGCGAACUUAAACUAGACUUUACAGCUAUGCUGGUCUUUUUAGCCAACUGUUGACUUGUUCGUGCAGAUUGGCCCCAAUGUUUUGACUAUAUUUCCUGGGUUUCUUGUGACUGCUAUUUUCCUUUGUGAGCCACCUUCAUCCUUUUAAAGUAUAGGGAUCCAUUAAUGGAGCCUUUGAAUUCUAUCUUUAGCCUUUCUAUAGCAAUGUACUUGGUUCUCUGUGUUUAUAAUAUGGAUCCAGGAAAGAUAUUAGUCAACCUCUGGAAAGGAUGAUCUUGGUACAUAUUUAUGAAUUAUGAUAGAGGCAGGCUAGAAAACCACCGAGUUUGGCCUUCAUGUGUCUCUUUUCCUAGAAGUAAAAUGUUUUUCACUACAAGGGAAAGAGCAUCGGACCAAAGCUUCCCAAACACUUGAGUACAUUUUACGUGCCCUCUAGAGCCGAUUCAGUUACUAGCAUGAUGCCUGAAUACAGCUUAAGGCAUGUAGGUCUUACAACACCAGCACUGUUUCUAAGAGACACAGAACAUCAGGGAACCUAAAUGAAAGGUAACAGCAAUGUAAAAUAAUUGUAAAACCUGUCACUGAUACUUAUUGUUACUUGGUACCUCUCAGCAAAAACUUAGAUUGAAGAGAUUCUUUUCUGGUUUCAUUGAUUAUUAGAAGUGCUGGCAGUCUUUGGACUGUGAAAACACAGUGAGUUCUAACUUGUCUUACAUACUGGGGAUAUUCCAUGUGUGUGCAGAUUCAUACAGGUCCCUAAGUAAUCUGUUUUAUCAGUAGGAUGUAUGUUGUCCUUUUGAAGUGAGGAAGGCAAAUCACUAACAGAAGCUAAGUAGAAAACUUGAGCUAACAAGAUACUCCCUCUGUAAAUUUGGAUGUCUCCUGUCUUAGGACCCUUGUACGUUGCUGUCUUGUGGCCAUGGUUUUGAUUAGAAACUGUAAGGGCAGAGCCUCCUGUACAACCAAGAAGUAAUGGUCACUUUCCCAGAAUUGGCUUUAUUAACUUUGAAUGUUUUACUUAUGAAUUUUGGUGAUUGCUUUGUAUGAGAAUAUAUGUAUUUGGAGAGUUUGAAUUUAUCCGUAUAAGCUACCCAUUGACCUAGAGUUUUGUUGUAAGAAAUCUAAGACCAAAUGGAUCUGGUUCCAGGUCCGUUCAUUCACUUGGGGAUUGUUUUCCUCAAUGCUUGUCUUCAGCCACACCAGUAGCUUUGCUCUGUGAGCAGAAUUAAGUUUGAGACAUAAGGUAAUGGUUAUUAAAUGCAGUGCAUGGUGAUUUUUUUCUUGCUGCUAGGUUUAAGAAGUCAAAAUUUCACAGGAACCUGAAGAAACAGGAAUGAAGGUUUGUCGGGGAGGUCUAAGACUCUGUGCUUUUUCUAACUAGUCUGCCGUGGCAUUCUGGCCUACCACAGUGAAGCAUUGUGAAAGGGAGACAGGCAGCAGAGUCACCAGACAGUUGUCACUACCAGCCUUAGAGUGCGGAGCUGAGCCGCGGGGAGGAGGGGGUGAGCUUGCUGACCGUGAAGCCGUGUCACUGUUGCUAAUGUGUGAGAGGGACUGUACUCAGAAUGUGUGGAGACUCAGGCCUAAGGGUUCCUGUAUGGCUUAUCUGCCUGUGUCUAGCUUGGCAGAAUAGGGGCGGUCACAGAAUGUUGAAGGUUAUAGACUUUAAGGGCAGCUCAGAUCGCAAAGCAGAUUGGUAGAGACAGAAGUCUACAAAGCUUAGGCAGUCUCUAGUCCGUUUGAGGUCUCUGGAGAAAAUAGUUUGAAUGUUUCUCUGGAGAGUGCUCAUUUGCUUUUCCCUCACCUCCCUCCUCUUUUAGUUGAAUUUUCUCUAAUGACAAUCAGAGGCCUGCCAGGAUUGGGACUCCAGGCUGGUUCCAGCUCUGUCCUUAGGCCUUUCCAGUACUCUCUCCUUGGAAGUAAUGCACCUUAUUUAAUGUAUUUCGCUUUAAAAAAAAAUCAAGUUGCUUGUUUGGAACAAAAUGAGAUGCUUUUGGCAUUGUAUCCUACCUGCUUGCUGUUUUUACUCCCAAUUUAAAAUUUAUGCAUUGAAGACCAAGUACACUUAAGGAGAAAUAUGCACUAGAAUACCUAUUUCCCAUCAAGUUUGAUGGUUAUAAUUUUAAAGGAUUAAAAACAAAGCAAAACUAUUUUGAAU